AUGUCUACAUUGCAGCAACAGCUCAAAAAGAUCGGCACUGCCGAUCUACGCAAUGUAUCCGAGGUUUCUCGGAAAUUCAAAGCGUCCUUCCUCUUCACUGCCCGUGAAGCCGCAGAUCAGGAUCUGGACACCAUUUAUUCCAUUGCUUACAAUGGUAUUAUGGAACUCACUAUUCUUGACAGCAAGUUUGCUGCAUACGAGAGCACUCUUUUCUCCGAAGAAAUGAAGUCUGUUGACAGAAUUCUUCAGUCAGAAGAAGAGAACGCCAAAUUGAAUGCCAGUAUCAAGUCUUUCUUGCAAAAUCUGUCCCCUUAUUUCCUCUUAAAGCCAGCCGGAAAGGUGUUGGAAUACUUGAUCCGUCGCUUCAGAAUCAACGAAUUUAACGUUGAAGAUAUCCUGAUCUGUAUUUUCCCAUACCACGAAACCAAAGCAUUUGUCAAGAUGGUGACUAUCUUGAACAUUGAACAAAAUUCGCCUUGGACCUUCUUGACACCUAUUCAGAAGACAGGCAUACCUUUGGAACGAUCUUUGUUGGUCGCUCGCAUGGCACGCAAGAGAAACAUCCUUAACUUUGUUACUGACCUCGUCAUCAAGUCUCCAGUUCAUUUCCCUACUCUUUACUCUUUCUACGCAGCAACCAUGAUCGAACUUGUAUCCGAGCGUGUCAUAAAUGAAGACUCUGUCAUGGUCAUUACCGGAAAUUUAAUCGACGGUAUGAACACCAGCGAUGUGCCUGAAUUGCAGAUUGCUUCCUACAUGAUCCUCUCACAGCUCGCCACCAAGGUCUCUAUGACCAAGGAAGCUGUACACGCACUGACCGAUGCUGCCAUCAAGCACUACAACAAGUCUUAUUUCAACUAUUGUCUCUUGACCGUUGUCCACUUGGCCCAGUCUCAGACAAGCUGUGUUAGACUCGGAAAAUCCGCCACAAAGAGACUCCUGAAGGCCUCUGCUUUUGACAAGACCCUCUUGGAGAUCGCAGAAAAAUAUGCCAUUGAUCGUUUCUUUACAGUUAUCGUAGGAGCCUUGUGCGACGCUUCCAAGGUUGAUCUCUUGGUUGAAAUUGUUCUUCAGGGCCUGAUCUCCAGCGACAACAUCCGCCUUUUGUGCGAAAACACUAUCGAAGGUUACCUCAACCUUGUUGAAUCUGGAUGCACCGAAGAAACUAAAGAAAGUUACACUAAGCAGUUCCAGCCUCUUUUGGCAACUGUGUCCCAGCGUUAUGUGGAUGAAUUAGACACCGUACUCGAAGCCAAACUCAACUCGUACGCCAACAAAUCAGACGAAAAAUCCAAGAUUCUUUAUGAAUUUGCCUCUAUCGCAUUCAAGGGUACCCGUCACGAAGUCAUUGAAGAGGCAAACACCACAUUGUACUUGUGCCUCAACAGCCCUGCUGUCACCACUCGUCUUUUGGCUUUGAAGAAACUAGUCGAUGUGAUGGACAACGAGUCCAGCCCAUUAACCCAAUCCCCUGAAGUCUUCCAAUCUGCCUUUACUGGCUGUCUUAACAGCAUUGACGAGACCUUGGUUUAUGCUGUCCGUGACGUCCCUGAACAACUCCUCAAGAGUGUGUCUUCUGAAGUUAUCAUUUCUUCGAUCUCAAGCCUCUUGCGCGAUAAUAACGUCUUGGCUAGAAAAGAAGUUGUCACAAUCUUCAAAUUCUUGCUUGGUCCUUUUGUAGCAAAGUACCCUAACAAAACUGCCAAAGUCGCUCAGCUCUUGGCUACCUUUAUUUUUGCUGCCCCUACUGAUCAAGUCAAGCUGCUCGAGAAAGAAUCCACUGCUUCCACUAAGGAUGCAGUCUUGAAGAGCAUGCUUUCCAGCAUGAAGAGCGCCUCCAAGAAACCUGCUUCAUUGAGCACCUUGUUUGUCAAACUUGAGGCUGAUGUCAUUAAAUCCGAAAAGGACGACCAUUCUUUGUUGUUCUGGAUCCAAGGUAUCCAAAGCCAGAACGUUUCGACCCGCACACUGGCCUUGUUGGUACUCAACCGUGCUGUAUUUGUCUCUGCUGAUGAGAGACAAUAUAAGGUCGCUUCAAAAUGCUUGUCGGCUAUUACAGAGUCUCUCACUGAGGAGCAGUGCCAUGAUCUUUACACCGUCAAACUUGCCAGUGCUUCUGCUAUUAUUAGCAGCGAAGGAUUGCCAGUAGAAUCUUUUGUAGAGCAGUUAAAGAAGAACAGUGUUACUUCUAUCCUCCAGAUCAACUUGGUUCAGUCUACCUUGGACAACAUCACUGUCUCACUCAAGCACGCAACACAAGUAUCCUGGUUCUCUGAGAAAAAACCCCAGGCUACCGAGUCUUAUUGCCAUACAGUAACCGAGCUCUUCAAGGUCUUUGCCAAUGGAGCAACCCUCGGAAGCUUUGAAGAAAUGAUCACAAAGUUGGUUUCUAUUCAAUUGAAGGAUAAUGUCUUGAGUUUCCUCAUGAAUGUUUGGAGUUAUAAUGACAAUGCAUUCCUUGUUAAGGCCCGUGCCCUUCAAAUUGCCGCUACAUACAUUUCCCAGGUCGCUCCCAAGAACACAAUCGACUUUCAACAUGUUCUCCCAGUACUUUUGCCUUGUUUGACUCAGGAAUAUCUUGCCAUCCGCAUCAACGCUCUUCGCUGUCUUGAAAGCAUUCAGAGCACAUACAAGAGUAUUGGACUUCCCACAGGAAAGAAAGUGUACUCUUCUGAUGACAGUGCAGAUGCCAAUACCAAGGCUACCGGAAAGGCUGUUGUCGAGAGCGCAAAGUCUCUUUACGACAUUACUGUCAGCUUCCCUGACCUUCGUACCAACGAUGCUGCUCACUUUGUUGACUACCUUUCCUACAGAAAGGAAGAAAUCAAACAGGACCAAAAGUACACUAUCCUCAUGCUCAAGGAUUAUGUCCGUAUCUGUGACGAGUCCAAGGAGAAGCAGCAGAAAGUGCGCAAGAACCACAUUAUCGAUUUCUUGCUCAACCAUGUCAUGCAUGCUCCUUUGGCCGAUAUUCAGAUCAACAUCCUUUCGGUGUUGAACGAAGUCGAGACUCCUCGCAAACUCCAGCAACUGUACCCUCUCUUGGAGACUGUUCUCGACAGCCCACGCACCACAAAGAGCACAACACUUGUUGCGCUUUUGAUCCACUGCUACUCACCUCUGAAUGCCGCUGAUUUCGGUUCCAAGAACGACAAGACCCUGGCGCUCUUCCUGCGCCUUCUUUCUAACCGUGAUGCUCUCGAAGGUGAAGAUGAAGAUGGCUGGCAGGCAUCCACUCGCCGCUUUGCACUUAAACAGAUCAGCAGUGAGUUCUUUGCCAAGGCCAAUGAAAAGGCACAGAAGAGCAUUCUUUCCUUGCUUAUGGAUAUUGCUACCAAUGGUCAACAGAGCGACGUAAGAGCCGCAAAGACUGUGCUGGCCGAGAUCCCCAUCGCAGCCAAGAUGCUCGAGGAAAUGUUGUUUGUUGUCGCAAAGUCUAUCUCUUCUUCUACUUCUGAAACUGAAACCUCUACUUUGACUACCAAACGUGCUCGUACUGCCGAAAAACCUGCCGAGAAGAAGUCUGUCGAUUUGUAUGAGCUUGUUACUGUUCUUGAACUUAUUGAAUCCAAGACAAUUGAGAACGAUGUUGCUUUGAUUAAGCCUUUGUUCGAGGUUCUCACUGCCAUGGUCAACGCCGAUCUUCGCGACUCUCCCGUAUCUCUGGAAUACAUCAACCAAAUCAUCAUGUCUUCCCUGACCCGCAUCAUCCAGUCUGCCGAAGAAAAGAAGGUCCACGUUGACGAAUCGACUCUUCGUGUUGAUGUUGUUGUACAAUGCAUUCGCGUCACUGGCAACCCCCAGACCCACAACCAGGCUUUGCUGUUGAUGGCUACCAUUGCAUCCAUGUACCCAGAGUGCGUCCUGCACAACAUCAUGCCCGUGUUUACUUUUAUGGGUGCAAACGUCCUGCGCCAAGACGACAAUUACAGUUUCCAGGUUAUCCAGCAAACUCUCGAGAAGAUCAUUCCUCCUCUUGUAGCAUCCAGCCGUCUUUCGAGCAACAACGAGGCUGCUUUGGCCCUGCAGGUCAAGCCAAUCAUCAAGGUGUUUGUGGACGCAAUGUUCCACAUUCCCAAGCACAGACGUCUUCGUCUCUUCUCUGUUCUCAUCCAAACUCUGGGCGAGGACGAGUUCCUGUACGCCAUUAUUUCACUCUUGCUCGAGAAGUUUACCGAGAAACUGGCAAAGGGUGCUCGUACAGAAGCCGAUUCAUUGACCGAAUUCAGUUUGACAAUUAGCCAACAGUUUAGCCCUCAGACCCAGAUGAAGGCAGUCUUGUCUCUCUUGAACGGUCUAUUGGUUCUUCCAAACGAUAAGUCUGAAGACGAAGUCAUGAACCAAGAUACCCUAUUUAACACCAACGAGCACAAUGCCAAACAGCUGCGUCAGUACAAGCUUGCUACCCUCAACUUUGUCGGCCAACUCUUGGGAUCUCGUAGCUUCUUGGGUAAGCUUAUGGCACAAGCCAAUUUGAGCGAAGAGUUUGAAAAAGAGAUGCAGCCCUAUUACUUGACCGCUGUUGAGUACAUCCUCAAGAUCGUCACUUACUUCACCGGAUUCCGUGACGGUUAUGCUGUUUCCCAGAAUGCCAACCCUAGUAUCACCAAGUUCUGGCGCGGAAUGCUCAAGGUUGUUUACGAUGAUCUUGCCAAGGUCAACGCUCUUUUGCCUUUGCCUGCCUUUGUUGAUGUUGUGUCGCACCUGAUCAAGCAUUCUGAAGUGUCUAUCCGUCGCAAGGCUAUGGAUAUGUUCAACGAGAAGCUGCAGGUUUUCAACCAGAUUACCGAAGAAGACGAAGUUCUGUUGGUUGGUAUGGUUAAGCAAUUCACUGAUGUGAUCGAGAAGGAGUCUGCUCUGUCUGGUGAGGAGGAUUGCCUGGUAAACAAGCAGUCCGCAUUGCUGUGCAUUUCUUCGUUGGCUUCCUUGUUUGGUGCCAUCUUCCCCGAACAGUUCUCAGAAGCUAUCCCUGUUGUAAUUGGCAAAGAUUGCUUGUUGCUGUCAAAACCGCAGGUCAAGAUUUCCAGUCUUGUGUGCCUUACUGUCAUUUGUCAAGAGAUUGGUCCUCGUGCUAUGCCCCACUUGCCCAAGUUUAUGCCUAUUGUAAUCGACAUCUUAUCCAUGACUGUCGAAGCUGAACGUCCCAAUGCAAUGUUGCAGCUCAGUGUUAUCAGUGCUUUGGAGACCAUUGUCAAGGUUCUUCCCCACUUCAUUAGCCCUUACCUGUCCAAGAUUCUUGCCAACCUCCUCCAUCCUUCCAUCUACACAUCCGAUGAAACCAAUGCCACUCAGAAAUUGUUGGCCAAGGAAAAGGUUAUGUCUGUCCUUGUCGAGAUUGCCACCAAUGUUCCCGCACGUACACUCUUUGGCCCUGUAUUUACUUCUUACCCCCUCGCUGUCAAGAACGGCAAAGAGUCUGUCCUUGCUCUUCUCAAAUUGGCAUCCGAAGCUAUCCGUGCUGUAUCACGCGACGCUAUGACUGCUCACUACAAGCAGCUCUUCAAGUUCUUCCUCACUGCCUUUGAUAUCCGCCGCAUCCACAACGACAUUUUUGAUGAUGAGGCUAUUAACGAAAUCGAAUCUGCCGUCAUCUCUGCAUUCCUGGAUUUGGUCAUGAAGUUGAAUGAGACACUCUUCAAACCACUCUUCCUCAAGGUUGUCGACUGGGCCACUGUUGAACUUGCUGUUGACGGUAGCACUGAAUCUGUUGACGCCAAGAAGCGCGUCUUGUUCUUCUAUAAGCUUCUUGAUUCUUUGCUUGAUAAACUCAAGUCAAUCUUUACUCCUUACUUCGGCUAUGUUAUUGACGAUGUCAUUGAUCGCCUCGACGCUUAUCGAUCUGAGGAGAAGCAGGAAGAACCCGACACUCUCUGGAACUUCAUCAUGUCUGCUCUUCACAAGUCAUUCUUGUACGACAAUGAUAACCUCUGGAACGCCGAGAAGUUUGAAAAGAUUCUUGAUCCUGUUGUAGAUCAGAUGCUGGUUACUGCCAAGGGCGAUGCCCCAGACUACUUGACUCGUAUGACAACAUACUUAGUACCAUUGGUUGGACAGAUGGCUGUUACUGUAUCAAACGAUACUCUGUGGAAGCCAUUGAACCACAAGAUUCUUAUGAAGACACGUGAAGAUAUUCCUGAGAUCCGACUGGCUGCUUUGCGCUGUAUCGAGGAGUUCUACAGCCGUCUUGGUGAAGAGUGGCUUUUGUUCUUGGCUGAAAGUAUCUCGUUCUUGGCCGAGUUGAUGGAAGAUGACGAUGUACGCGUUGAGAAACUCGUCCAGUUGGUCAAUGCACAGAUUGAAACACACUUGGGUGAAAGCUUAGAUAAAUUCUUCAAUUAGAGAGCAUACAUAAAUAUAUUUACACAAGCAAUUAGUGCUUCUAUGUUAUAAUAAAUUGAAAAUCGACUCGUAUAGUUAUUUUUUGUAUCAAAUAUAAUAAUAAAUUAUUUCCAUAUGUAUGAUACGUUGUAUAUAUAUAUAUAUAUAUUUCAGUAUU